UCUAGGGGGUGGCGUCAUCACGUCAACCUUGACGUUGUCGUACUGUGGACUCUGUGCUUGCACGGCAUCGGCGGGGACUUUAGCAAUUUAUCCAGUUACUCUGAUAAAUUGAUUGAUUUAAUAAGAUCAAAGAUGGCCCUCACACUAGUGUCCUCCAACAAGUGCGCUGGUGGCUUCCAGAAGGUUUUUGAACAUGAAAGCACUGAGCUGAAGUGUAAGAUGAAGUUUGCAGUCUAUCUGCCUCCAAAGGCUGAGACCGACAAGUGUGCCGUCAUGUACUGGCUCUCUGGCCUGACGUGUACGGAGCAGAACUUCAUCACCAAAGCCGGCAGUCAGCUCGGUGCUGCGGAGCACGGCAUCAUCAUCGUAGCUCCAGACACCAGCCCCCGUGGCUGCAACAUCGAAGGCGAAGAUGAGAGCUGGGAUUUUGGCACUGGUGCUGGUUUCUACGUCAACGCCACCCAGGACCCAUGGAAGACCAACUACCGCAUGUAUGCCUACGUCACCGAGGAGCUCCCUAAACUGAUCAACGCUAACUUCCCCACCGACCCAGAGAAGAUGUCCAUCUCUGGCCACUCAAUGGGCGGCCACGGGGCGCUCAUCUGUGCCCUGAAGAACCCGGGGAAAUACAAGGCUGUGUCUGCAUUCGCUCCCAUCUGUAACCCGAUGCAGUGUCCCUGGGGACAGAAAGCUUUCUCAGGAUACCUGGGCCCUGAUAGGUCAACAUGGGAGGCGUACGAUGCUACCGUGUUGGCAGCUUCGUAUUCCGGUCCUCAGCUCGACAUCCUCAUUGAUCAAGGCAGAGACGACCAGUUCCUGUCAGCUAGCCAGCUUCUGCCCGACAACCUGAUCGCUGUCUGCUCCGAGAAGAAAAUCCCUGUCGUCUUCAGGCUGCAGCCGGGCUAUGACCACAGCUACUUCUUCAUCUACUCCUUCAUGAACGACCACAUCAAACACCACACCAAGUACCUGAAUGCCUGAACAGCCACCGCAGUUUGACCCCAGCCAGAUCACUCUGACCCUGCUGCCAUCAUUCACCUUUUCUGUUUCAUUUCUCCUCCGACUUCCUGUAGCACUGAGUUUACCCGUUUCUGGGAACUAAACAAAGCAUGUCAGCUCACUGACAAUUCGUCCCACUUAGAAGCCUUUGUGCCUUCACUGUGAAAAGAAGAGAAACUUCUGUGUUUAGUAUUUUUUUUGGGGAGGUGUGGUUACAGCCACGUCUCUAAUAUCAGGAAGUAUUCUUGUGACCCGACUGCCAGCAUGUGGAUUUUCUUCUGGACUCAGAGCGGAGACUGGUCAGUCUUUCAUAAGAAUAAAAUAAAAAAAUAAAUCUUGCUGAUAAA